GGGACCUGUGGACUUCUAGUCUAAGGAGAUGGAGGGAGCGAUAAGAUUGAGGUGAGGGUUAUAGAUGCAGAUGCGCUGAUAAGUGGAGCCAGAGUAGGUCAUGAAGGGUGCUUUUGCCAAGGAAACACUAAGCCCAUAAAGCUGAUCCUUGAGGGGGUGAGGGGGAGGGGCUGCGGUGGAGGAGGCUGGCUAAGUCAGGGACACACAGAGCAAGUUCAAGGACAUUGGCCAUAGGUCCCUGAAGGAAGAGAGGGAGUAACCACCUAUAGGUCUUCAAUCUCUUCUUGCCCCUCUUGCCUGAACUAAAUUCUUCAAUUGGAUGGGUAGGAAUAAGUGACUUGGGUGGAGACCAAGUUGUUCCUUGAAUCGUCUCCUUCCAUUUUAGAAGUUGAACAAUUUUGAGUCUUUCCUCCUUUGGCUUUUCUCUACCUUCUGAUAAUAGUCUAUACUGUCCUGUUGUUGUCCUUUUGUCUUCUCUUUCUCCUCUACACCCCUGCAACUUUCUGCAUCAAGCGCCACUGUAGCCCCUUCCAGAGAGCGGCUUCCCCAGUUAUAGUGCCCUCAGCAGGGCAGCUGCAUCUUAGUUCCAAGCAUACCACCUCGUCGUUGGAAUCCAGGGCAUGUUUCCCACCUGCUCAUCUAGGAAGAGGAAAUAAGCAGUAUAUCGGGAUAGCACGUGAACAGCAGUUGUCAUUAGAUGGUGGGAUUGUUAGGACUUUUGUUUUUUUUUGCACUUGUAUGUGUUUUAUACUUUGCAAAAACAGAAAAAUUAAGGAAUUCCUGAUUUCUGCCUGACUCACUCCUUCUGUGGCUGGGAGUCAGGCAGGUGAACUGGUAAAGAGGGAGAAGUCAUUGACCACGAGCCCAGAUGAGUUCUUUCCACUUCACCCUGACCCUCCCACUACUGCCAUCCCCAUUCAUGUCACCGAGAGGUAGGUUUCUCUGCAUACCAGAGACUAAGAAGCUCCUCCUCCAAAAGAGCCAGGAGGAAAUUAGUGAUUUCAUUUUUUCCAUUCAUUCAUCAUUCGCUGGAUCUGCAGGUCAAUGGGUACAAGGCUGAGGUAAGUGAGGUCACUGCAUUUUUACACCUUUAUGCCACCACCAUAAAGUGCCCUUCUACAUCAUUUCCCAGUCUCCUGUCACCUGGUUUGGAGCUCAAGGAAGUAAGAGCUGGAGUGAGUCUGGCAGGCUCCACUCGAGUGUGCCUGCUAGCACACCUCCAUGGGAAGGAAUUUCGUCUCUCAUCUUAUAGGCUCAUUUCUCCAAUUCUUUCUUGCAGAGGAGUGUAUCUUCACGUACAUACCCUGACGUCUGUGUUUGCUUGCCGUUUUCUAGGAAAUGUGUAGAUGCAAGAAAGAGUGUUGUGGAUGAACCUUCCCUGUUCCUGUGCCCGGUUGGCUGCUCACAGCCCAUGUCUGUUUCUCGUUUGUCUAACAAGGACAUUGGUACUGUGUUCCCCACCUACCAUGCUCAAGUCCUCUCUGCCAGCUAGCCAACAUGUCUUACCAGUGGAGAGGACAGGCAUGCGGGCAGGCUCUCUCCAAUUUCUUUAUUUGGUCUCUUUGACCCCUUGCCGCACUGCCUUCUCUCUAUAGACUCUCCCCCCUCUACCAAGCAAGGAGCUGUCAGACACCCUUGAAACAGCUUCUCUGUGACUCAAAGUACAAGAAGAAACAAGAUAAAAGAAGGUACUUCAGCCUAGAUGUAAACAACAGGAUAAAGUCUAAGAAAAAUAAGGAAAAGAGUUUAAAAAUACCCUCUACUCAGAGACAAGAUAAUGAUCUCUGGAUCUCUUUCCUCAUGUCUUCAUUUGUUUUUGUUUUGUGUUUUGUUUUCAUUUGUUUGUAGUACAGGAGAUUGAACCCAGGCACUUGCCCAUGCUGGGCAUUUUCCCACUGAGCUACAUCUUCAGCUCCUUUAAAAGUGAACAUUUAUGAGUCAGGGUCUCACUAAAAUUCUCAACCUUGACCGAAGGCACUCUGUAAAACAGGCAAGCCUUGAACUAGUGAUUUCCUGCUGUUUCCUCUCCUCUGGGGUAACUGGAAGUGCAUGACUGUUCCACUAGCCUAGCUCUCAGCCUCUAUCACUGUGCAUCCCUGUGCACUGUGCAUGGAGUUCCAUCUCUGUCUCUGUCUCUCUGUCUCCCUGUCUUACAGGCUGUGUGUACUUUCUCCACCAGCACCUAUGCCCUAGUUCUUAUUCCCAUAUUUCAACAGACUUCAAAUUCCAUGCAGCGUACCAGGCACAUGUGUGGACUUAAGGAUACUAGUGUGUAGAAAGUCGUUGACCUCAUCUGUGCAAACCACUUCACACAGAGAAAAGCUACAUGGAAUUAUAACUCCACAGGGCAACCUUCCUGACAGCUGUCCUGCUGCUGCUACAGCUGAAAGGGGUGAGGACUCUGAAGGGCAGCACAAGCCUGGAUGAUGACAGUCAGAAAGAGAAAAUGUCCUCUGCAGACCAGGGUCAAGAGCAGUUUGAAGAACACUUUGUGGCUUCAUCAGUGGGUGAGCUGUGGCAAGUGAUGGACAUGGCCCAGCAAGAAGAAGACACGGUGGCCCAGGCAGCCACUCUCCAGGAACACCUCUUCAACCUAGCCUUCUGCUUCAACUUGGCCAGCCUUGUGAUUUUUUUAUGAGAGAUUUUGAGGUGGAGGCAGUAGUCUGGCUCCUUCCCGAGGACUUGGACACCUACCUCCGCUUUGUAAUUGCCUAGUAACCUCUUCUCCAAGAUGCCUCCUCAAAGGGCGUACCGCACUCCCCGUGUCUGAGAAGCACCUGACUUUAGGGUGCAGCCACAGAGUUUUCCCAACUCUCUCAGUGCCACUACCUGAUUGCCACCCCAACCCAGAAUUUCAUACCCCAGGGCCAAAGACACCAGACCCACACC